GUCCACCGUCCCAUGGAGAGCGGGUCACCCCACACUGGCUGCUCAGGGGCCGCCCCAGACGAGCCGUCAGUCUGGAUGAAAAGGUGCCGGCGCCUGCCCGGGCAAAGGUGGCCGUGAUGGUCGAGGGCAGAGAGCUCAUUCUGGUGCUGGAGAGGAACCAGCUGCUGGCACCGGGCUACACUGAGACGCACUACGCCGCGGAUGGGCAGCCCAUGACCUUGACUCCCAACCACACGGACCACUGCUACUACCACGGGCACGUCCAGAGCUAUGGCGGCUCCUGGGUUGUCCUCAGCACCUGCUCGGGAAUACGGGGCCUGAUAGUGCUCAGCAGCAACGCCAGCUACUACCUGCAACCCCUGGGGACCCCCGAGCCAGGCCACCACAUCAUCCACCGCGCAGAGCACUUGCCCAUCCGAGGUGGGACCUGCGGCCACGGCGACGAUAUCGGGAGCACCGUCGCCGACAUCGCUGGGUUCUUCCAGCCAGCUCAUGGCCGGGUGAAGAGAGAUGCCUGGAGGACCAUGAAGUACAUGGAGCUCUUCAUCGUUGCUGAUCACACGCUGUACAGGAACCAGAACCUCAACCUGGGCCACACCAAGCAGCGCAUCGUGGAGAUUGCCAACUAUGUGGACAAGUUUUACAGGUCGCUCAACAUCAAGGUGGCCCUGAUCGGCUUGGAGGUGUGGACGGAGCGGGACCAGUGCACCGUCACCAGCGAUGCCAACGCCACGCUCUGGUCCUUCCUGCAGUGGAAGAAGGCGCUGAGGUCACGCAAGAAGCAUGACAAUGCCCAGCUGCUGACAGGGAAGACGUUCAGGGGGACAACUAUCGGCAUGGCCCCGCUGGAGGGGAUGUGCAGCGCAGAUAACUCUGGAGGCGUCAGUGUGGACCACUCGGAGCAGCCCAUCGGAGCAGCCGCCACUAUGGCCCACGAAAUCGGCCACAAUUUUGGCAUGAGCCACGAUAGCACGGGCUGCUGCGUGGAGGCCACCCCAGAGCAAGGUGGCUGUGUCAUGGCAGCGGCCACCGGACACCCCUUCCCUCGCGUGUUCAGCUCCUGCAGCAAGAGACAGCUGGAGAACUACUUCCAGAAGGGAGGUGGCAUGUGUCUCUUCAACCUGCCCGACACCAAGGACCUGGUCGUGGGACGGAAAUGUGGCAAUGGCUUUCUGGAGGAAGGAGAAGACUGUGACUGCGGGGAAGUGGAGGAGUGCACCAACCCAUGCUGCAACGCACACAACUGCACACUCAAGGCAGGGGCCCAAUGUGCCCACGGCGACUGCUGCCAGAACUGCAAGCUAAAGGUGGCUGGGACGAUCUGCAGGGAAGCAGCGGGAUCCUGUGACCUCCCGGAAUACUGCACGGGUGCCUCAGCCUACUGCCCAGCCAACGUAUACCUUCUGGAUGGCUCGUCCUGCGCCUACGGCGAGGCUUACUGCAACAAUGGCAUGUGCAUGACCCACCACCAGCAGUGCAUCCAGCUCUGGGGACCAGGUGAGUCCCACCAGCCCCAGCCCUGCCUCCUUGCCACCCCUCUCCGGAGCAGGAGCCACG